AUGAACAAAACAUUCAAGUUGAUUUGUUGUGCACUUGCUGCACAUACUUGUUUAGUUUUUGGAGCUGAAAAAACAAAGAAUGAAACUAUGAAAAGGCGCCGUUCAAAAUGUGGUUUCUAUCGUUUUCUACCGCAUCCUUCACUUGUUUUAGCAGUAGUAGAGGCCAAACUGGCCAACAAAAAACAGACGAAAGACACAUACAAAGUCACAUUAAAUUGUCCAACGAUGAAACUUAUUGACGAACCUCCGAUGUCUUAUACUCUGAAACCUGGGCGGAAAGAAACAAUCAUUUUUAAAAUGGUUGUCAAAAAAAACGAGAUACACAUGGGAAAAAAGCUUGCCACACAUAAAUGUGUUAUAACCAGAUGGUCAAAAAAGUCCAAUUCAUUGGAUUUGUGUAAUUUUGAUGUAUUCGUUUGGCCUUAUGGAUUAUUUGACUAUCCUUGUGACGACUACAAAGAAGGACAGUCGACUUUAGUUAGAAAACCCGAACAAAAUGGAGUGGUGAUUUUCGAGCUGCAAGAUUCCACAAGCAAGAUUGGUCUUUUUUCUGUCUACAUGGUCAAUUUGACGUGUACACCACGAAUGAGAAUUAUAGAAAAGAUCAAUUUUCUUAACAAACUUCGCGAAGACAAACCGUGGAGGAUUGAAAUGCCAGGAAACUGCUCUGGUGCUCUUCGACAAAACUAUAUCGGCAUUUGUCAUUUAAAAGUCUUGAAUCUAUGUCAUAUAAAAUUCACUGAGGUCUUCAAUACAACAGUUCAACUUUAUGACGGGGAGACUGACGAAUGUGAAUAUCUCAAAGAAAGACUUGGUGAUCUAUCCCGUCAUCCAUUGGCAGCAUUUUUUGGUUUAAAUUAUGUUGAAACAGGUUACCUGACAUUGGUUGUGCUCAUACAACUUCUUCUCAUUCUUGUUACAGGAAUAAUACUUCAUGUUAGAACAAUGCAACUAUCAAAUGAAAAACGUAAAUAAAUUGUUAAAAAGUUUCUA